UAAUUUAUUUGGAAUUAGAGAGCUGAUACGGAAACAUGGGUCUAAGAGCACUGCCUCUACAGCACAGCGGUGGGUUCGUCGCCACGACCAAAGUCCCGAUCUUAAGAACCUUGCCGAUAAUAAGCCAGAAACCUAGAUGGGUCGUCGUGUCAGCAAAGCAAGAGAAAGAUGAGGAGAAGAAGAAGGAAGACGAGACUUCGUUGUUCACUAGACUAACGGAUGCGUUGGAUUUCGCACAGGUUCGGUCGGAGAAAGACGCUGAGCUUCUCUAUGAGGCCCGUGAAGCCACCAAAUCCGGUGGUAAGAUGAACAAAGAACAGUAUGGAGCAUUGAGAAGAAAAAUUGGAGGAACAUACAAGGACUUUUUUAAAUCCUAUGUUGAAGUGGAUGGAGAAUAUGUGGAGGAAGGAUGGGUGGACAAAACAUGUAAGGUAUGCAAAAAGGACACAAAGGGUGAGGCGAGACAAGUGGACAAGUUAGGGAGAUAUGUUCAUGUCUCCUGCCUACAAAAUCCCUCAAAACCUUCUGGAAAUUUCUUCACCAGACUCUUCUCUAGGAAAUACAAGAAUGAGAUCAGAGUGUUUGCAUACGGUACCAUGGUUUAGAGUGAGUCCAACCGUCGAGCCAGAUGUACAGUGGUCAAGCCGCCAUACAAUGGACGACCAAUCUUUCUCCUUCUCGUCUUUCCCUAUCUCAUGGAGUUUGAUAUGCAAUUCUGCAUCUCUAUGGACUGUACAACCUCUCCUUAUAUAAGCAAAGCAGGAAGUAUUAUACUCCCUUUGUUUCAAUUUAAUUGUCUGUUGGAGGGAAAAUUUUUUGUUUC